AUGGACGAGCAUUCCAUCCUCCAGACGAUCCAGAAAUGGCGACGCACCCGGUACUCUGCCCGCCCGUUCUACCUCACCGUGCUCGCCAUCACCAUAAUAUCACUGCUUGCAUGGGCCAAGGGGCGCCAUGCACAAGAUGCGGGUACCGCCUCAGGUGGUGUUUUGCGCACGCGAGACGUCAUGGUCAUGGAUGAAGAGUGUCGACUCGUCCACCAUGCCAAAGACCAAUGUGCCUUCGUCCUCGCCAAUUGCCCGGAUGAGGAAGCUGGUGUCAUUUCCUACCUCACCCUCUACUACUGUCGCCUUCCACAUGCGAAGCCCUUCGCCUUUACAAUCAUGACCCUCUGGCUUGCCAUGCUUUUCAGCACCAUCGGCAUCGCAGCAAGCGACUUCUUUUGCGUCAACUUGAAUACGAUAGCACGUAUGCUCGGCAUGAGCGAGAGCUUGGCAGGGGUCACUUUGCUGGCAUUUGGUAACGGAAGUCCAGACGUCUUCUCGACUUUUGCCGCAUUCCGUACCCAUGCUGCAAGUUUGGCUGUGGGUGAGCUCAUUGGCGCAGCCUGCUUCAUCACAGCCGUCGUCUCGGGGUCCAUGGCUCUGAUUCGACCCUUCACGGUGGCUCGCAAGAGCUUCAUACGUGAUGUUGGCUUCUUCCUCAUGGCUGCAGCCUUCAGUAUGGGUUUCAUUGUCGAUGGAAAAUUGCACUUGUGGGAAUCCGCCACCAUGGUCGCUUUCUACGUCUUCUAUGUUCUAUUCGUCGUGGCAUGGCACUGGUGGCUCAACGCUAGGAAAGCGAGAAAGAUCAAGGCAGCUGCGAUGAGAAGUCACUUUGUCAUGCCCGGCGGAGAGGAAGAAGAGUUUCCAGAAUAUCACGACGAUGAGACGCCUGCAGGCAAUGGAACCGCAGGUCGCACGAUAUCGAACGAGGACUUUUCGGCACUUGAACGCGCUGGCGGCGGUGACAUGAUCGAGGACGACGACAACGAGGAAGCGCGUGAGCGCUGGAUGGGAGAACUCACCAACAAUAUGCGCGUGAACCGGCCAAACGUAGGAUCUCGAAGAAACACGCAUACGCCCAUUCGCCCCAGUCUGGUUGGUGCGCUGGAAUUCAGAGCGGUGCUCUCCUCAUUGCAAAAGUCUAGAAAUAUCCAGUCGAUGCCCAUCAGCUUACGACGAUACUCGGAUGACCCCACCUACACGACAGCGCAGCAUCAAAGCUACAUCUCAACCAUGUCUGAUCCAGCCCCUCGACCACCUUUUGAUGUAGUGUCUGUUGCAUCAGACGAUUCGCCACAUGUCAUGCGUCCCAACAUUGAUAUCCAACAGGGUACCGGCAAUCGUACACGAGCGGUAUCGACCAACGACAUUGAAUCUGCUCGCCUGCAACCCAGCACAUUACAAGGCGUAGUGCCUGACAUCACAUUUGGGCCGCCUACACCUGAUGAACGAAGCAAAUUCUCUGUCAACGAGGACGCGCCUCCGUCUCCGUCUUUCUCAUUGUCUCCGACAACAUCUCAACUCUCUUCCCGGCGACCCAGUCCGGCUCCACCACGUGUGAGGCAUCCAUCAGCCAGCAGAUUGGCUCCCCCAGGCGCUGAAAGUCACGACAACACGCCCAUUCGCCAUGGAUCUAUUUCACCGAGUCCGCAUUCGUCACCCGUUCUAGCCCCCGGUGAACGCCCUCAACCUCCUGCUCUGAAGUUGGCCGUGCCGGAUGCUACAUCGCCGCCGAUACCCUUUCCAGCCUACACUGAUUACCCGUGGUCGGCUCAGUCAUCGAGACCCCCAAGCCUAAGGCCUCGAUCACCCAGUGCGUCGCCUGAGUCUGUGUUUCCAAAGGAUCUUUUUGGUGCCAUUGAGGUAGCGAAGACACCAAGGUGGUGGCCAUCCCGGGUUCUUCCUUCGCCAUAUGUCUUGUCCUCGACCCUGUUCCCUACCUUGAUCAAUUGGAAGGACAAGAAUAUCUUUGAUAAGUUACUUGGCGUCAUCGCCAGUCUGCCGGUCUUCCUACUUACCAUUACACUGCCGGUAGUUGAAGCACAGAAAGAUGAAGAUGAAGGCGGGCAGGCAGAGCUGUCGCUGGAUCUCGGCCUACCGUCCCCCGUGAUACCGGUCAACAGCAGUGGAGACUCGCAUUCUCACAGUAUAUCGAUUGUGCUUCCACCAGAGAGGUAUUCGGACCACAACUUGUCGAGGUCGAAAAAAGACAACAGCCUUUCCAUCACCAGACCGAAUGGUGGCUCGUUUAGUACAGUGGCCAGCCAGCCGCCUCAAGUGUACAUCACCAGCGAGGACAAUGUGGCUCAGUCGCCAGAAACGCUGCCCGAGAUUCCGAGACGACUGGAAGCCAAGCCAUGGAACCGGUGGCUAGUGAUUAUCCAAAUCUUCACGGCUCCUCUGUUCAUCGUGCUCAUCUUUUGGGCCAACAUCCAGCCUGAGAAUGCGAAAGCACUUGUGCGGGACAGUUUAUAUUCGCUGCUCGGUUCCCUGUGUUUCCUUGGGGUUGUGCUGACCACGACGACACCGGAUCGACCGCCGGGGUGGCGAUCGGCCCUCUGCUUCCUUGGCUUCGCAGUGGCCAUUGCGUGGAUUAGUACGAUUGCCAACGAAGUGGUUGGCGUGUUGCGGACGCUUGGAGUCAUUCUCAAUAUGAGCGACGCUAUUCUUGGAUUGACCAUUUUUGCAGUGGGCAAUUCGCUGGGCGACUUGGUUGCGGACAUCACGGUGGCUCGUCUUGGAUUCCCCAUCAUGGCGCUGUCGGCCUGCUUUGGUGGACCGAUGCUGAAUAUCCUGCUCGGUGUUGGGCUGAGUGGCUGCUACAUGAUCAUCACCAAGGGCGAGCACCGUCACGACAAACAUCCUCAGCAAGGGAUACACUUUCGACCGUACCACAUCGCGGUCAGCACGACGUUGGUAAUAUCGGGGGCCACGUUACUCUUCACGCUAGCAGGGCUGCUGGUGGCGGUGCCUAUGAGACGGUGGAAGAUGGACAAGGUGAUUGGAUGGGGACUCGUUGCGUUGUGGGGUGUGAGUACGUUCGCCAACGUUUUGGUCGAGGUGUUGGGGUACAGCAGUGAUGUGAGCUAG